UUAGUCUUUGCUGGACAAGGCUCUGUAUGAGUCACACAGGAGGCUGCUUUCUCCUCUGAGUCAUGAAGUUAUAGGGGUUUGUGAAAAUCUGUCAAGCUCGAGUUCCAAGCUGGGAAGGAGCAUGCCAACUGGGCUAUAACAAGAGGCUGCGUCCAUGUAUCAUGAACUCAUUUCCAAGCUGCUGGCACUUGCUUCACGUGGGAGGUAAUCCCUGUUACAGGAAGAUCCUGGGGAAAUCUGAGGGUCCCCACCACCCCCGUGGACAAAAGCCAGUUCACGGGAUGUGGAGGCCACCAGCUUUGGUAGGCUUGUGGCCUGGGGCUGAGCCAGCCCAGGGGAUCAGGCUCUCACAGUGCCGAAGUCCUCCAGAGGCCAGGACCAACAAACCAGGGGACCUCUCCUAAAAGGAACCCUUCAUGGCCAUGGAGACAUGCCAGUACCACCCCCUUGUCAUUGGAGAAAGACAGGCCAGAUGGGAGCCUCACUCCACCCUUCUCCUGGUCCCCCACCCUCUUCUGCUUUGCACAAAACGGAUAUCGUCGGGGAUUCGUCCUGGGAGGUAUGCUGCUUGAGACCAGGCAGUUGCUUCCUUGAGAAGUCAGGCCCCAAGAAAACUGAGCACUUGUGUCAUGGGCUCAGUCCCUCUGGAAGUGGAGAGGUGGAAGAGGGACCUCGCCAGCCCCUGAGGGACAUAUUUUGCCUCUGUGAGGGGAAUGCAGCCUCACGGUGCCAUCUUUUUGGCCCUUCCCCACCUGGGGCCUGUCCUGCUCUGGCUGCUCACCCGUCAUCAGAUGUCUGGUUGGGACGAUAGCCCAAAGAAACCGCCCUGGUGCCCGCCUCACAGAGUCUUGCUGGCAGGGUGGAUAACCAUCUACUUUGUCAUGGGCUAUGCCUCCUACCUGGUGUGGAAGGACUUGGGAGGGGGCUUUGGGCGGCCCCUGGCCCUGCCUCUCGGCCUCUAUGCUGUGAAGCUCGCUGUCAGCUGGGCUGCCCUGAUUCUCUUUUUCGGAGCCCACACCCAUGGUCUGGCCCUGCUGCACCUGCUGCUGCUCUAUGGACUGGCAGUGAGUACAGCGCUGAUCUGGCACCCCAUCAACAAGCUGGCCGCCCUGCUCCUGCUGCCUUACCUGGCCUGGCUCACUGUGACGGCUUCCAUCGCCUACCGCCUGUGGAGGGACAGCCUCUGUCCAGACCAUCAGCCUCAGCCCAUGGGGGAGAAGAACGACUGAGGCACCAGGGACAGGAGUGGACGGAGGAUGGCCAGGUAGGGUAGAAGAGAACGCAGGCAGGGUUGUGGGGCUAUUUGAAGGAGGAAGGGAGGGGAGGGGGGUCAGGAUUGUUUAAUCCCUGAAGAUGACUCAGCCUAGGGUGGUCACUGUCCUGGGUCUCCUGGUGCCAAUUUCCUUUCCAUUUCAGAAACGGGAGAGGGGAAACUUAUUUUAUACUUAAUAUAAAUUAACAAAUUCUGUAUUAAUAAGGUAAUUUAGAAAUACCCAUUAAUAAAAUCCUUUACAAAAUUUGAGGGUAUCCUGCGAAGAGCGUAUCUGGGAAGAUGAAGUCGAGAGCAGCGUUGCAGGGGUAGACGCGUCUGCGCAUGUGUGGGAGUCCGUGUAGGUCAAUGCUAGCAGGAAGGCAAGUGCACAGAAAGGGGAGGGUGGGCGUACCUUCUCCGCUCCACUCCCACGCCCUC